GCCGUUGUUCCUGGCUGAAUUUCCCUGUCUGACGUCAGCUGACUGCCUCGGCUCUCCGCUCCUCCGGACACGGCGCCGCGUAAAAAUGCUGCUCUCUGUGCCGCCAAGGACAGGAUUCAACCCGUACAACGGCUACACCGGCAAAAACAUCAAGAAGCAGACGUAUGUGUCCCCCUCCAACCAUCACAUGGCUCCUCCAAGCCCCAACAACAACAACAAUAGCAACACCAACACCACCUCCAUCAGCAAUGGCAGCAGCAGCUUUGGGGGAGAGCAGCUGAGCAAAACCAACCUGUACAUCCGUGGCCUCCAUCCAGGAACCACAGACCAGGAUCUGGUCAAACUCUGUCAGCCAUAUGGGAAAAUUGUAUCCACCAAGGCCAUCCUGGACAAGACCACCAACAAGUGCAAAGGCUAUGGCUUUGUUGACUUUGACAGUCCGUCCUCAGCUCAGAAGGCAGUGACAGCACUGAAGGCGGGUGGAGUGCAGGCUCAGAUGGCCAAGCAACAGGAGCAGGACCCCACCAACUUAUACAUCUCCAACCUACCAAUGUCCAUGGAUGAGCAGGAGCUGGAGAACAUGCUGAAGCCUUUCAGCCAGGAUUCCACUCGCAUCCUCCGUGACGCCAACGGAACCAGCCGAGGAGUGGGCUUUGCCAGGAUGGAGUCAACCGAGAAAUGUGAAGCCAUCAUCCAACAUUUCAACGGAAAAUAUAUCAAGACUCCACCUGGAGUUCCGGUGCCGCCAGAGCCCCUGUUGUGUAAAUUUGCUGAUGGAGGCCAAAAAAAGCGUCAGAGCCUAGGAAAAUAUCUGCAGAACGGCCGGCCCUGGACGAGAGAUGGAGAGAGUGGAGGAAUGACCCUUACCUAUGACCCCACCACAGCCUUACAGAAUGGGUUUUACUCCUCUCCCUACAGCAUCGGCCCAAACCGCAUGAUGGGGCCGACCUCCCUCUCCCCGUACAUGCAUUCACCUAUGUCUACCUACCAGGUACACAACCCAUCCUGGUUACAUCAUCAGUCAUACAUAAUGCCGCCCACAGGAGCAGUCCUGACGCCAGGAAUGGACCACACCAUGUCCAUCCAGCCGACCUCCAUGAUGGGGCCCCUGGCCCAGCAGCUCAGCCACCUCUCCAUGGGCAGCAGUGGCACAUACAUGCCUGCAAACACAUCUAUGCAGGGGACCUACAUCCCCCAGUACACCCAAGUGCCUUCCACCAACAUGUCAGUUGAGGAAAGUGCCGUCCAACCACCUGUUGCCAUAGAGACACCCACAGAACACACAACCUACACCUACCAGCAUAACAAGUGAAGAGAUCUUCCUCUGGACCUGAAGUGCAGAAACUCGGCACAGCGACUGUGCUCGUAAGGCACCGGACACUCGGGAGGAACAUGGACUGUUACACAGAAAGGACAAAAAAAAAGAUAUUUUCUACAAACUCAUAUUUUGAAAUAAACUCUUUUACUCCAACAACCAAGGCUGGAGGAUGGCAGGCAAUGAGACAUGGAAGAACAUAACACGGAGCAUCUAUUUUUGAUUUUUGAUAACAGUCAACAAGUCAAAUAAGUCACACACAGACACACACUACAUAUGUUUAAAGGUUUUUUUUUUACACAUCAUUCAUAUUAUUUUCUAAUACUACUCCGGGGCGCUAGAUUGAAACCAGGAAAAAAUAUUUCAACACCAUGUUUUAUUUUGAGUCAUGUUUUGUUUUCACCUUUUUGGUAAGAGACGCUGAUUUUACUUUUUUGACUGAUACUUUCAGGCUUUAAACCUGCCGUUUUGUAUAUAAUAUUUUGUUUUUGUGUGUUUCUAGCUUCAUGUGUCCUAGUUUGAUUGAUUGGUGCAAAUAUUUGAAUACAGGACUCGAAAGGCUAAAAGAAAAAGCAAAAACAUUCAAAAAGCUGACGACUCAUAUUUAAAACAGAUAUGGUGCCACUUGGAUUAGCGUCUCUCGAAGUGGCAGCAAAUUUAUCAGGUAUGAAUCCUACCUGAAGCUGUAACGCUUCUUUUUGGCACUUGACUCUCAAAUUAUUUAUAGUUCCAACAAUCUCGACCUAGCUUCAGACAAUCAGAAGAUAACAAAGAAGAGAACAUUUAGAGAUGGUUUAAGAGAAGACGUACUUUAAAAGAGCUAAAUAGAUUUAAAGCAUUCCAGAGAUUAUUAUCAGAAAGUUCUAACUAUCGGUUCACGUUGAGCUGCUCCACUUGAUGAAAUCCAAAGUUGCUUAACAGGGAUCACAUCUCACACAGAGCUGCCUGUAAAUAAGAGUUUUAAAUGUAUUUAGGCUUUCUUUUGAUUUCCUUUUCUCAGUGUAGUAAUGCUUCAGUUGUUUUAAUAACAAUAUUAUACCAAAUUGUCUGAACGUAACAAUGUAUGCAUUGCUCUGUUUUCUGGUUUUCCCUUAUGACUUUUUAAUAACAGGGGAAGCUGAAUCUCCAAAGCAGCCCAAAACAAAUUUUCUGAAGCGAUAAUUAGAUGUUGUUGUUAGAGUAUGAAGUUGUUAUUACAUAGACAUUGAGAUCAACUGGUAAAGCAUGGCUCUGUCCUGUUAUAUCUUCAGAAAACACUAUCAAGGUCUAUUAUGGAUUAUUAUGGCCAGUACACAGAUGCUUUAAUACUGACCAUUAUUGUGUUUGCAUCUACUUCUGUAUUUCUGUUUUUCACCCUCAUGUUUUUUUUACAUUUCUUAUUUAAAGGUUUUAUUAGGUUUUUUUUUCCUUCGGUUUACUACUUUUAAAAUUGAUUCUGUUUUUCAAAGAUGUUUUGUUUUUAUUUUUGAUAAUGUGUUGUGUGCCUCAAAUAGUGAGAAAUAGAUGUUUGCAACAG